CCCAUCACCAGCUUGCUCUUUUGAUCGUUAUGUGUGGAGGGUGUUGAAUCUUUCCUUUCAUAUUUUGUACAGAGUGAACCAUCAUACGAGUUUUCUUUUAGCUUAUACUGUGAAUCUAUCCUGUCGAGACUGAGCCCUCAACACAGAACCCCUUCUCUGCAAAUCUGGAACUUGACACCUCGAACCAGCUGAUUUCAUCUAUUGGACUUACGAUCUAUUGAAAUUCGCCAUGAAUGCUGCUUCUCCGCCAUGGCGGGCUUCCACUACGGCACAAUACACAUCAAAUGCUCCCGCAUAUAUUUCCGUUCAAGCCCGCCGCAGCUUAGCUUCAAACCCGCAGUCAACUACAGAUCCCCACUCCACAGAUAUUCCUCCACCGAAACCUGCCGAGGCUCAAGGUAGUAAGAAAAGGGUUGAGUGGCCCCCUGGAGUACGCCAAUAUGUGCAACGGAGCUUUGUUCCCGAAUACCAGAUCCCGGGUAUUACGCGAGAGGAUAUGGAGAAAAAGCUAAAGCAAAUAAUCACGGAAGCAGCCGAGAGCAAUAAUCUCAACAAUGUUAAUUGGGAAGCCCUGCCGUUACCCCAGGAAAUGAUUCGUGAUGAGCGGAAUAGGGCUCUGACAUCGUCAACGAGACAGCAACCAGUGGGCUUUCACAGAUCUAUUCCUGCAUAUACGGAAAGAUCACAAAAGGAAGAAUAUUCCCCGAAAAGAAAAUCAUCAGAAAUUAGCACAGUGGAGGAUAACGUGGAAAGUAUUCCGCCAUGGAGAAGAAAAGCUAACUCUCGCACUGAGUUUGAAGAUCGCAAUAGUUUCCCUUCCCCUACUGACAAACGAAGACGGACAGAUAUCGGUAAUGAUAACGCUAACAGCAAAAUUCCAAGUAAGUUUACCAGUGUUCUGGAGAGCCGCAAACGGCGUUUCGAGGACACAGGCUCUGGUUCACAGGCGACCCCCAGUACGCGUUCGCCCUACGAGGGAUCCCUCACGAGAGAUUCCGAUGACGGGCCCGUUAUCGGCCGAUGCCAGAAUUUAGAAAAGAACUAUUUCCGUCUCACUGCUCCCCCAAACCCGGACACUGUGCGGCCGUUGUCUGUGCUAAAAAAGACCCUUGACCUGUUAAAGAAAAAGUGGAGAUCAGAGAACAAUUACAAUUACGUCUGUGACCAAUUUAAGUCCAUGCGACAGGAUUUAACCGUCCAACACAUCAGAAAUGAGUUCACGGUCAACGUAUACGAAAUCCAUGCUCGAAUUGCUUUGGAAAAGGGUGAUCUUGGUGAGUAUAAUCAGUGCCAGACUCAACUACUGGCAUUGUAUGCAAUGAAUCUUGGAGGACAUCCCAUGGAAUUUAAGGCGUAUCGUAUUCUCUAUUUCAUUUAUACCCGCAAUCGAACCGCCAUCAACAACGCCUUGGCGGAUCUAACCCCCGCAGAAGCAGCUGACCAUGCUGUGAAACAUGCAUUGGAUGUGCGUUCCGCUCUGGCACUUGGAAAUUAUCAUCGAUUUUUCCAACUCUACCUUGACACGCCGAACAUGGGAGCAUAUCUUAUGGACAUGUUUGUCGACCGGGAGCGUCUUAAUGCUCUCACCUACAUCUGUAAAGCGUAUAAGCCCGACCUCAAUAUUAGAUUCAUCACCGAGGAACUUGGUUUUGAGUCAGAUGAGCAAGCUGCCCGAUUUAUUCUGGAUCAUGUGCCGGAAGAGCUCCUUCAAGAGAAACCAGACGGCGUUAAACUUGUUACUGCGAAGGCUCAACCUUACUUUGAAGCGGCUAAAGCUGAAGCCCACAGAAUCGUUGAUAUUAAAGGACAGAUUUAA